AUGGGUAGACAUCCUUUAUACAAGAAACAAAAAAUAGCUCAACCAGAGCCUGUGGUAAACGAUCAACAAUUUCAGUCAUAUCCACCAACUGUAUAUGAAUCAGCACCAGCCACAUUAAAAAAUUUUCCAUCAUCAAUAGUUAAUGGAAUUACAGAAGAAGGUGGAUUAUUUAGUUUAACUUUUAAAUCUAUAAAUUGUGCAAGAUAUGUUGAAAAUAUAGACUAUAUGAAACGUCUUUUCAAACCAGAAAUAAAUUUGGUUAAAUUAUCAGAUACAGAUUUAAAUUUAUUUAAAGAGGAAUUAGAAAAAGAUAUACAGACAGAAGAAGAAUUAGAAAAACCAAUAGAUGAAAUAUCUCAAUUACAAAAUGAACUAGAUGAUUUUAUGAAUAAACAAGGUGAUUUAGAAGUAUUUAGUAAGAAACUAGUUGAAAAUUAUAGAUUGGAAAAUCCAAAUAAAAAGUUAAUAGUCAGUGGAGACAAGUUUAAUAUCACUAGUAUCGUAAUACCCAAUUUAGAAGUUGAAAAAGUCGAAGAUUUACAUGAUGAUUUUUUAGUAGUUGCUAGUGAUGAAGUAGUUGAUGAAAAACCAGAUUUAAAAUUAGAAGAAGAAAUUAGAGAAAUUGCAAAUGAACAAGAUUCUGGUGUAACAUCACAAGUAGAAUAG